UGAGUCCCGACCUCGCCACUCCGGCUGCACCUCGGGCCGCGGCGCACACGCCUUCUGCGCCUUCCGCUCCGGAGCCUCGGCCCCGGCUGCGCUCUUCCUUGCAGCCGUCUCCAGACCGGAGAGGGGCCCCGAGGGCCCUGGCGCUUCUCCCUGGGGCACCAUGCCCAACGACGACGCAUUCAGCAAGCCCUCCGCACCUUCGGAGGCCCCGCACGCCGCCGCCGGGGCACCGCCGCAGGGCAAGGCCGGGGGCUUUGGCAAAGCGGCCGGGGCGCUGGUCGGGAGCACCGGGGGCGCGGGCGCCGGGGGCAGCGGCGGCGGCUCGGGCUCGGGCUCGGGCUCGGGCUCGGGGGCGUCGGGCAUGGGCUCCGCGAGCAAGAAGUCCCCGCGGCUGCCCAAGUGCGCGCGAUGCAGGAACCACGGCUACGCGUCGCCGCUCAAGGGCCACAAGCGCUUCUGCAUGUGGCGGGACUGCCAGUGCAAGAAGUGCAACCUGAUCGCCGAGCGACAGCGCGUGAUGGCCGCGCAGGUGGCCCUGAGAAGGCAGCAGGCCCAGGAGGAAGAACUGGGGAUCAGCCACCCCAUCCCGCUGCCCAGCGCCGCCGAGCUGCUUGUCAAGAGAGAGAGCGGUGGUAGCAACCCGUGCCUGAUGGCCGAGAGCAGCAGCCCCUCGCAGCCCGCGCCGGCCAGCACCCCCACCACUGCGGCGUCAGAGGGACGCAUGGUCAUCCAGGAUAUUCCUGCCGUCACCAGCAGAGGGCACGUGGAGAACACACCUGACCUGGUCUCUGACUCCACCUACUACAGCAGCUUUUACCAGCCUUCUCUGUUUCCUUACUACAACAAUCUGUACAACUACCCGCAGUACUCCAUGGCCUUGGCUGCUGAUUCCUCUUCUGGGGACGUGGGAAGCCCCCUCGGGGGGUCCCCUGUGAAGAAUAGCCUUCGGAGCCUCCCAGCACCUUACGUGCCUGGUCAGACAGGAAACCAGUGGCAGCAGAUGAAAAACUCAGAGAACCGCCAUGCAGUGAGUUCCCAGUACCGGAUGCAUUCGUACUACCCACCUCCCUCCUAUCUGGGCCAGAGCGUGUCCCAAAUCUUCACUUUCGAGGAUGGCCCCUCUUACUCUGAAGCCAAAGCCAGUGUUUUCUCGCCGCCCAGCAGUCAAGAUUCUGGCUUGGUUUCCCUUUCCAGCAGCUCUCCUAUUAGUACGGAGAGCACAAAGGGAGUGCUCGAAUGUGAGUCGGCCUCGGAGCCCAGCAGCUUCACCGUCACUCCCGUCAUCGAAGAGGACGAGUAAAGGAUGCCCGAGGCCUCUGGCCGGUUCCUUCACUUGGAAUAGCAGGUUUAUUCCACGUAGACACGGGGUUUGUUGUUAAUAUUUUGCCUUGACUCAUGUCGACUUAACUGUUGAGAGAGUGUUUGGUUUAUAUACUCCACAGAGCUUAGCCCAGAGGCUAAAAUAUGUUUGGAAUAGUUCAGAAUUAAGUGCUUUGCUCGAGGAGUAAAAUAGUAGCAUCCCGACCCUCUUUUUUUUUUUUUUUUUUGACACUGGUUUACAUGUAGUUUUCAAGAAAUACAAUUCACUAAAGUAAAGCAUUACAUUUGCAUUGAAAUGUGUCAUAAUUAGAUACUACUUGUGGUUUUAAAAUGAAAUCUUAGGUGCCUUAAGUGUUUCUAUAUUAGUAUUUUAAUAAAAUUGCAAAAAUAUACUUAGCCAAAUACCUGACCAGUGAGGAGAGGAGAGCAAACUUCAUGAUUGUUUUAGAAACCAGAAGGUCAGAGUAAUUGGAAAUACUGUCUGUGUUGCUGUUGGAAAAGCCAAGCCUUUCCCCGCCACCCCAAAUCCAAAACCUGAUUGAAAUACAGCCAGCAAAGAGAAAUUAAAGCCCUUAAGAGUCACUGCAUUUUUCUCAAAUGGGGUGUAAUUUCAAAACAACGCAAUUUAAAGUAACCUCAGUAAUGCAGAAUUCCUGGGUUGGUUUCUAGAAUAAUAGAGUUUAUCCUACACAUUCUUUCUACUACAGGGGAAAAAAAAUGGAUGCAAUCUAAAGUAUUUUGUAACCUUAGGUUGUAAUCUGAUUUGAAAAUGAGUACAUCUUUAAAAGUUACUACAGAUUUCUGAGUUCAUUAUUUUGUUAAAAAUUGCUUGUGGAGUACUUCCUUAUGUAACAGAAGCCAUCCUGAAAUGAAACUAGUCGAAAAAAAAUUCAUCGUUCUGUGUAGUUGCAGCUGUACCUGAAAUAAAAAUGUUAUUGAUGACUGAA